AUGGACAUCAUCUACCCGCUGGCGGUGCCCAAGGGGCGCCGGCUCUGCUGCGAAGUGUGCGAAGCCCCGGCCGAGCGAGUGUGCACGGCCUGCACGGUCACUUACUACUGUGGUGUGGUUCACCAAAGAGCAGACUGGAACAGCAUCCAUGAGAAGAUAUGUCAGCUGCUGAUUCCGCUGCGCACUUCCAUGCCCUUCUACAACUCAGAGGAGGAGCGGCGGCACGGCCUCCAGCAGCUGCAGCAGCGGCAGAAGCAUUUGAUUGAAUUCUGCUACACCGUAGCCCAGAAAUACCUCUUUGAAGGAAAACAUGCAGCUGCUGUUCCCGCAGCUUUGCACUCCCUUCGCUUCCGCAUGAAUGUGCAUGGCCUGAGUUCCGUAGAGCUUGUCCCUGCUUACCUGCUGUUGGCCGAGGCAAGCCUUGGUCUGGGCCACAUUGUCCAAGCUGAGGAGUAUCUAUCCCAAGCCCAGUGGACAGUCCUCAAAUCAACUGAGUGUUGUUCUGCCACCCACUCUUUACUGCAUCGGAACCUGGGACUUCUCUAUAUAGCUAAAGAAAACUAUGAAGAAGCCCGUUAUCAUCUGGCCAAUGAUAUUUAUUUUGCCAGUUGUGCAUUUGGAACAGAGGACAUCAGGACCUCAGGGGGCUACUUCCACCUGGCUAAUAUCUUCUAUGACCUUAAAAAGUUGGAACUGGCAGACACCUUGUACACCAAGGUCUCUGAGAUCUGGAGUAAAUACUUGAAUGAUCGCUACCAGGUGCUCUCGCGGGUUCGCAUCCAGCAGAUAGACUUACUGGGCAAACGAUUUGAGACCGACACUGGCCUGGAUGAAGCCCAGGAAGCAGAAGCCAUUCAGAUCCUGACUUCAAUCUGGAACAUUCGAGAAUCUACAUCCGACACAGCCCCCCAAAAAACUAUCUUUGUUCUGAAAACCCUGUUCAUGCUUUACUACCUGAUGAUGAAUUCUUCAAAGGCACGAGAAUAUGCCACGAGAGCCUUCAGUCUGGCCAAAGAACAGAAUCUCAGUGUCCACGAACAGGACGCCAUUGAAGAAUUACUAAGUCUUAUCUCAGCUGAGGAAGCUCAUCCCAUUACUUAGUGACCCAUGAUUUGGGCACCAGGGAGCUAUUCAAGGGGCUACUGAACGUCUAAAAUAUACCAGUUUGCACAACUGCUUUGAGGUAUCACGACUUGCUCACACCAACCUCCCUGCCCUUUUCCCCUGGGCCUGCCCAUAUAGCCGUGUUUUUAUUCUUGCACAGAAUAUGUGAGGAAAAGUAGUGCUUUAGGCAUAGAAAUCAGUAAAAGUGAUCUUUAUCAUGACCUUUGUACUUGGCUUCCUAUGACUUUGUAUGACUUCAAGUAAUGUGCUCUCAGCUCAUUAAUACAGUACUUGGAAUUAAACCACAAACAAUUUAUGUUUACCAGAAGCCACCCAGGUCUUUGCCACAGAAGGGUGUGGGAGAUACAGGUAUAUUAGGCCAAAGUUUUCCCAUUCUGCUGGAAUUAAGUUAGCAUUAAUCUGAGGUAGAUUGUGAUUUAAAUGUCCAUUGUAGUUCCUAGAGCAAUCACCAAGAAAAUUACUCUGCAAAAUAGUUACAAAGUGACAAAUAAAU